AUGCGGGCCUCGCCACAAGUACCGUAUUUGGAUUACAAACCUAGAUACGACGGCGGUGGGUUUGACGCCUUUCCCUCGCGAUGCGGAAUCGACACGGACAAACUACAACGAGGCGACCUCGGGGCGCACACAAUCGACAGCAUCAUGCCGUUUCUGCAGGAGUGGCUCUUCUUCGGCCUACUGCAAGAAGUCUUCGAGGUCGCCCAUGUUUCAUUUCGGCGGGAAGACUUCGUGGCCAAGGCCACCGCCAUACCGGGCCAAUACCGGAUAUCUACAGCAAACUUACCAAAAUACCUCUGGUCGUGGACUGCUAAUACUGUUUGGGUCCGGGACAAUUUUGGCGAAUUCGAUCACCAGAAGAGGAGAGUUGAAGAGAUCCUGAAGCUGAGCAACCUGUGCCUCAACGCCGUCAUUCGUCUCCAGGCCGCGCAUAGAGGGACCGAACCUGCUACCGGCCCUGUGUUGCUCUCUCUUGCAAUCGUGGGAGAAUCUUUAGACUCAGAGCGAGACACAGUAUUUCUCUCCCAGCGUGAGGAGUUCUACGGCACUUUAACAUGGGAGACCCCCGAAUUCUGCAGAAAGCUCCUCCUGGAGGCUGGAUGUUGCAUUGGCGAAGUCAACGCUCUCCGCAGGGACUUCCCGAGCGUGUCGUCCCUUUAUUAUCUGGCCACGUGGGAUCGUUCUGCAUCCAAAGCGGACCACUCUCAAUGUGCAGAGACGUGUCUCGCACGUCAAAUUGACGAGAAGACGUAUGCGACGAAACACACAGGCGAAGGCUGUUCCUGCCAUCAUCUUCCAAUCGACAUGACAGCCAUCUUCAACAUCGUGGACCAAGGGCAGAUUCCGCUUAUCUUGUUCUCUAAUGGAAAAGUUCGAGUUCAACAAUCACCCUCAGGCAACAUUGAUGAAGAUACACGUCCAGUCCCGUAUGUUGCCAUUUCUCAUGUGUGGUCAGAUGGCCUAGGCAACACGAAAGCGAAUACGCUGCCGCGGUGCCAGCUUGAGAAAAUCCAGCAGCUUGUCAAUGCGCUAUAUCAAGGAGUUUGCGGACAUAGGAACGAAGUCCCGUUUUGGAUGGACACCCUCUGCGUGCCGCUGGAAUCGAUCUAUCGAAAGAAGGCUAUCCGGGCAAUGUCCGAGGUAUACAUGCGUGCUGAGAAGGUCCUGGUUCUGGAUGCUUCCCUGCAGAUUAUCGACGUCCGAGCACCCAUCCAUGAAUGCAUGAUGCGCGUCGUUACUGCGCCAUGGGCGACACGGUUGUGGACAUUUCAGGAGGGGGUUCUGGCGGAGCAGCUCCAUUUCCAAUUCUGCGGUGGCACCAUCCGGCCGACUGCGCUGGAGGCAAGGUCGCAAACCGAGGGCAAAAGCCAUAUCGCCCUUGCCAACUUUCUCUGCCGUAACAAGUCCGCUCCCGAGUUACCAGGAGAGUCAACCCUCCUGAGGCUAGUGAGAGCGCUCGCCAGGGGACUACAGUCGUCGGAUGUCUCCGCCUUCCCAGGAGAUUGGGAACGACAUGAACAGUGGGCGCAUCUCGCGGCCCAGUGUCUUGACUUUCCAACUACCACGACGAAGCACUCUUCCGCUCCCUGCGCGGCAACUUCUCAAGCCCCGUCUACCUCUCUGGGGUGA